CUGCGGGAGCAGUAUGGUCCAGUCUUCACUGUCUACAUGGGCUCCCGGCGAAUUGUGGUGCUGUGCGGUUAUAAAGUCAUCAAGGAAGCGCUUGUUGAUAAUGCAGAAACAUUUGGAGGAAGGGGACCGAUACAGGUCUUGGAUGACACCUUGGCAAAAUACG